AUGUUCCCUCCCUUAACCUUGCGACUCCGCUUCCACCUCCCCUCACUCUCACCCACCCGCGCCACAGGGAAACGGAAGCGGGGAGGGGAUACAGGAGGCCGCGGAACAGGGGGAACUGGGGGAAGGGGGAAAGGGCGCGGGGGAGCGGCAAACGGUGGAGCUGAGGGGAAUGCAGCAAGGAAACGAGCGCGGAGGGCGGAGCAAGGGGGAGCGGAAGGCAUGCAACCCCCGCAGCAGAGUAAAGGCCACGCGGGGAAGGGGGAACAGGAAGGGGGAAGUGGCGCGGGGGAACGCGGUGGGGGCAACCAGCGCGCGGGUGCGGCAGGGGGAAGGGGGGGAAAAGCGGGUGUGCGGGGGGGAAAAGGGGGGAGAGGAAGCGAGCGCGGGGGGAGGGGGGGGCAGAAUGUGCGCGGAGUGGGGAGGAAAGAGGAGCAGGAUUUACUGGCGUUUGGGGAAGAGCUGAAGGCGGCUGCUGCGGCUGCUUCUGGGAGCCUGGGCAAGAGGAAAGAGAAGAUGAAGAAGUUCCUGACAGAGCGGCGUAAGGCCAAGAAGCUGAAGCAGAAGCAUGGAGGGCGCGGGGAUGCAGAGGGUGGGGGAGGGGGAGGGCAGGGGGAGAGCAGGAGCGCGGAUGGCAGGGCGCUGGAGUUCCCUGAGAGGGACGUGGUGGCGUUUGGGGACGUGGUGCAGGAACCACCGAAGAAUCUUCCUCAGCCACGGAAGAAGGUUGGUGUGCUUUGA